GAUCGCGACAAUGCAAGCCGGGAAGAAUGCCAUGGCGUCCGUGAAGGAGACCGCCGAAAACGUCGCUGCCUCGGCCAAGGCUGGCAUGGACAAGACCAAAGCCACCGUCCAGGAGAAGGUGGAAAAGAUGACGGCACGCACGCCGGCGCAGAAGGAGAUGGCGGAGGAGCGCAAGCAAGAGAAGAUCCGGGAAGCCGAGGUCAACAAGCAGGAGACGAUGCAGUCCAACGCGGUCGAGAACCAGCAGACCCUCGCCGGCGGCCAGGUCGCCGAUCCGGGAUUCUACCCUGUCGAGGGAGCGGCAAGCGGCGGGACCGGGGCGGCGAGGCCGUCCGCGGCCCACGACCCCUUCCUCGGCCCCCGGUAGGCGGCCGGGGAGAUCGCACACCACGACCAACUUCGUUGUCUCUGUUUCAAGUUGUGGAAGUGUUUGCGCCUUGUCGAGUCCUACUUCACGUCUUCAUCGUGCAAGUGUGCGUCGCGUGAAGCAAGUCCUUGAAUUCGACAUUUGCUUGCUUCGUGGUGUCGAUGGGAUGAUGAGCUAGCUCGUCAUUUGGAUUAAGCACCGCCGUGUGUCGCGGCUUAACGA